GCAAUCAUAUUUCGUAGAUAUUUGAAUAGUUUCCUAUCCCUUUCUCCAACUCUCAGAUUUUGAGAUGGCUUCUGUUUGAAGCUCACAGUCUCCUCUUGUUUUCCUUUUCUCCUUUCUCUUCAAGCAAUCACGCCUUUUGCGUUCCAACUCUCUCUCUCUCUCUCUAAAUAUAUAAUACUAUAUUUUAUAGAUUUGUCGGAAAUCGGUGCUGUCAAUGGACUCAAAGCUGCAGCGGCGUUUCACAUUGGGGAGGCAAUCCUCCGGAGCUCCCGAGAACGACGUCGUGCUCGCCUCCGACGCCCCCGGAAGUAUGGAGGACGCCAUGGAAUCCGGCAUCAGGUUAAUGUACUUGGCGAACGAGGGCGAUUUGGAGGGGAUUCAGGAGCUACUGGAUUCCGGCUCCGCCGUCAAUUUCAGAGACAUCGAUGGCCGCAGCGCCUUACACGUGGCCGCGUGCCAGGGGCGGACGAACGUCGUUGACUUGCUCCUCCGCCGCGGCGCUGAAGUCGAUGUCGAGGAUCGUUGGGGCAGUACGCCUCUUGCAGAUGCAAUUUACUACAAAAACAAUGACAUUAUAAAGCUUUUAGAGGCAAAUGGAGCAAAACCUCCGAUGGCUCCCAUGCAUGUUGAAAAUGCUCGUGAAGUCCCUGAGUAUGAAAUUGAUUCAAAAGAGCUAGACUUCACCAACAGCGUGGAAAUAACUAAGGGAACAUUUUGCAUUGCCUCAUGGCGUGGGAUUCAGGUUGCUGUUAAGAAAUUUGCUGAGGAAGCUUUCAUUGAUGAAGAGAAAGUAAAGGCAUUCAGGGAUGAGCUUGCUCUACUUCAAAAGAUACGCCACCCAAAUGUUGUCCAGUUUCUUGGUGCUGUGACUCAAAGUACUCCAAUGAUGAUUGUUACUGAAUAUCUCCCGAAGGGAGAUUUGUGUGCAUACCUGAAAAGAAGACAUGCUUUAAAGUUGACAACGGCUAUCAAGUUUGCCCUAGAUAUUUCAAGAGGAAUGAACUACUUGCAUGAGCACAAGCCUGAAGCCAUAAUACAUCGAGAUCUUGAACCAUCGAACAUAUUGCGGGAUGAUUCUGGUCAUCUCAAAGUUGCUGACUUUGGGCUAAGCAAGCUGAUGAAAGUUGCCAAAACAAUCAAAGAAGAGAAACCUGUCUCUUGGCAACAGACAUCUUGGCGAUACGUGGCUCCUGAAGUUUUCAGAAAUGAAGAAUAUGAUACUAAGGUGGACGUGUUUUCAUUUGCAUUGAUAUUACAAGAGAUGAUUGAGGGUCAUCCACCAUUUCCUAAAAGGAAAGACAUUGACGUUGCUAAAGCAUAUGCUGCCAAUGAGCGUCCACCUUUUGAAGCUCCACUUAAACAUUAUGCUUAUGGACUGCGACAGUUAAUAGAAGACUGUUGGCAUGAGCAACCAUCAAAAAGACCAACUUUCAAGGAAAUAAUUGUGAAGUUGGACGCAAUAAACAAAACUCUUGUACAGAAAAGACGGUGGAAGACAAAAGCACUGAAAUAUCUCCAUGUAUUUGAGUCAAUCUUGAAGUUGGAUCAUUCUUCUUCUUCUUCCAGGAGUAAUUCUUCUCGCUCAACAGUUAGAUAAGUGAUUAUUUUCUUCGAAAUACAGCCUGAGAUUUCCAAGACGACACCAAGAACAAGGAAAAAAGAGAAUAAUAAUAAAGGCGCAUCAUUUGUGAGAUGGCGUUGGUUGGCAAAUUCGCCUCCUAUUUUCUUGUUGUUUUUUUUUCUUCUCCUUUUUACUUGUUAGCAAAAUACUCGAUUAAGUUUCUGUACAUGCAGAGUAUUUUUUCCUUUCAUUUUUUUUUUUUAUUCUUCACAUCCCUUUAUUUUUGGAGAAAGUAUUUGCUUUUAUGCAUAAGACAUUACUUGAAGAUGUCAUGAAUUCUUGAAAUUUUCAUGUAGUUGGAAUCUAUUCUAUUUUUAGCA